GACCCUUCUCCCUUACUGGUGGCCCCCCUCUGCUAAAUGACAAAAUGUAAAUACAAAUACAAAAUCGACUUGUUUACUUAAAACAGUGGGGAAAUAACUGACAACCAAUCACAACCACACAGAGAUUACCACCCUGUCAACGAAGAUUAUAUAUACAUAGCUCCACUGUGCAUCACUUAUUAAAGUCAGAAACAGCAGAAUACGUUGUGAUAUCAUGCAGUUCUACGUGGUAGGUCUGCUCGCUCUCUGUGGGCACGCUCUCAGUCAAGAGUGUCAGCCUGAGCUUUUGGAGAAAACAGACUUCCAGGGAGAUGACAUCCAAGUUAAGUCUCCGGAUGCCGAGCAUUGUCAGCUCGCGUGCACCCAGCACCCAACCUGCCGGUUCUUUACCUUCAACACUGGGAAUUCAAAUUGCUUCCUGAAGGACUCAUCAUCUGGACAGCCAAGUAAAAGAGUUAUCGAAUCUAUUGCAAUCUCUGGCUUUGCUCUCAAAGGAUGUGACCCCUCAAUACAGUGUCAGCCUGAGCUUUUGGAGAAAACAGACUUCCAGGGAGAUGACAUCCGAGUUAAGUCUCCGGAUGCCGAGCAUUGUCAGCUCGCGUGCACCCAGCACCCAACCUGCCGGUUCUUUACCUUCAACACUGGGAAUUUAAAUUGCUUCCUGAAGGACUCAUCAUCUGGACAGCCAAGUAAAAGAGAUAUCCAAUCUAAUGCAAUCUCUGGCUUUGCUCUCAAAGGAUGUGAUCCCUCAAUACAAACGUGUCAAAGGCUUCUCCACAAGGUGUAUCCAAACGUGGACUUCCUGGGAGGUGAUUUCCUGUCCCUGUUCACUGACAGCCAUGAGGAGUGUCAGAGAGCCUGUACCAACCAGCCAGGCUGCCAGGCUUUCACCUUCCUCACUGAAAACUUCACACCUGAGCAGUACAGGUACAAGUGCCAUCUGAAGUUCCUCUGGACAGUCCCCAGACCCCCUAAGGUCAGAAACCUCCCAGAGGCUUCCUCUGGAUUCUCUAAGAAUCUUGACCCACUUCUAUUGGCAAGCAAAGAAGCCUGUAAAUCCACCAUUUUCAACGACACUGAUGUCAAAGGGGAGGACCUGGAGCAAGUUCCUGCUGUGUCUGCGGAACACUGCCAGCAUCUGUGCACGUCCCACCCACUUUGUAGCUACUUUAGCUUCCACAAAAUACUACAUACCUGCUACCUGAAAAACAAUAGAGAUAUGAUGAAGCUUGUGGCUGAGAAGAACAUGUUUACUGGGAUGCCAACGAGGCACUGUGCUCCUUCUAGUGACUGGGUGUUUGCUGACUAUGAUGGGGUAGAUUUCUGGGGCAACGACAAGAAGUUUGUGUUACUGGAUGACAAGGAGUCUUGCAGGCAGGUCUGCAAUGAGGACCCGGCCUGUCAGUUUUACACCUACCUUUCAUCAUCCUUUAAUGAUCCUGUAUACAGGCGUCGCUGCUACCUGAAGCGGAUCAUCACCCUUCCCCUACCCCCUAAAGUGGGGUCGUUGCCCAACGUUGUGUCUGGAUUCUCCCUGAAUUGUGGGUUGUGAUGAGUUCCAUGCAUGCUCUGUGAGAUGAAAGAUCUCACUGUGAUGAGAGAUCAGUGGGCUGUAGAAUAGUUUGAAUAAACUAAUACAAUUAACAGAA